CGAGUUUCUGCCCGGACACAGCAGGACGGAGCAGCAUGGCGUUCAACUUUGGCGGCGGCUCGAGCAGCGCGGGCUCUUCAGGGUUUUCAUUCGGUUCAUUCGGUGCCAAAACGACAGCGCCAACAGCGUUUGGCUUUGGUACUACUACCAACACUACCGCUUCAUCUGGAUUUGGUACCCCAGCUUUUGGAGUCCCCACUACAACAGCUGCACCCACGGGGUUUGGCUUCGGCUCGACAACCACAGGAUUUGGGGGGCUGGGGCCUGUCAGCACCACUACAGGGGGGUUUAAUUUUGGGGGGUUUGGUUUAAACACUAAUCCAGCAGCUGUCAACUUUAACAUGGGGGGCUUCAGCGCCCCAACCACCACCGCCACUGUGUUCAAUUUUGGCAAUAGUCUUGGUGGUGCAGGUGCUUUCGGAGGCUUUGGCACCACCACUACUUCAGCAGCUGCUGGCUCCACCUUUAGCUUCUCCACCCCUUCAAACACAGGUGCUGGUGGUCUGUUUGGUAACACUCAGAAUAAGGGCUUUGGGUUCUCCUCUGGUCUGGGAGCAGCAUCUGGUGCUGGAACUGGGUUUGGAGGACUGGGAGGUGGAGGCCUGGGUUUCGGCAGCUUUAACCUCCAGCCUGCGCAGCCUCAGCAGGGAGGUCUGUUUGGUCAGCAGGCUCAGGCCCCGGCCCAGUCUAACCAGCUGAUCAACACCGCCAGCGCCCUCUCCGCCCCCACGCUGCUCAACGACGAGCGCGACGCCAUCCUCGCCAAGUGGAACCAGCUGCAGGCCUUCUGGGGAACCGGCAAAGGUUACUUCAAUAACAACAUCCCGCCUGUGGAUUUCACCCAGGAGAACCCCUUCUGCCGUUUCAAGGCGGUGGGUUUCAGCUGUAUCCCGAGCAGUAAGGAUGAGGACGGGCUGGUGGCUCUCGCUCUGAAUAAGAAAGAGCCAGAUGUGCGCAAUCUGCAGCAGCAGCUGGUGGAGUCGCUUCACAAAAUCCUGGGAGGAAACCCCACCCUUGCUGUCAACGUGGAGGGGGUCAAAGCUCUACCGGAUGACCAAACGGAGGUAAUAAUCUACAUAGUAGAACGUUCCCCCAACGGCACAUCGAAGCGAGUUCCAGCCACCACCCUGUUUAACUACGUGGAGCAGAGCAACGUGAAGAGUCAGCUCCAGCAGCUGGGUGUGGUGAUGAGCGUCACCCGCACCGCUCUGUCUCAAACUCAGCUCAAACAGCUCCUGCAGAACGCUCCUGCAGGAGUGGAUCCCAUCAUUUGGGAGCAGGCUAAAGUGGACAACCCGGACCCAGAAAAGCUGAUCCCAGUGCCCAUGGUUGGGUUUAAGGAGCUGCUCCGAAGGUUAAAGAUUCAGGAACAGAUGACCAAACAGCACCAGACGAGAGUAGACAUUAUCUCCAAUGACAUCAGUGAGCUCCAGAAGAACCAGGCCACCACCGUGGCGAAGAUCGCUCAGUACAAGAGGAAGCUGAUGGAUCUGUCACAUCGAGUUCUGCAGGUGCUGAUAAGGCAGGAGAUACAGAGGAAGAGCGGUUACGCUAUUCAGGUGGAUGAAGAGCAUCUCAGGGUGCAGCUGGACACAAUUCAGUCUGAGCUUAAUGCUCCAACACAGUUUAAGGGUCGGCUGAAUGAGCUGAUGUCUCAGAUCCGGAUGCAAAAUCAUUACGGUGCGGUUCGAGCAGAGGAGAAAUACAGCGUAGAUACAGACCUGCUCAGAGAGAUCAGACAGCAUCUGAAGCAGCAGCAGGAGGGUCUGAGUCACCUGAUCAGUGUGAUCAAAGACGACAUGGAGGACAUCAAGAUCAUAGAGCAGGGUCUGCACGACAGCGUGCACGUCAGAGCCGGGAAACUCAGCUGACCUGGGUCUCUAUAUCACCCUUAGCCCUACACACACACACACACACACACACACACACACAGACGGACAGAAACACACACCGACAUUUGGUUUCAUGUCAGUCUUAAGUUCACAUCACAAACAACUAUAACUCCGCUCUUGUCCUCAGUCUUUACUCUACUACAUCUCUCUCUGAUCCACCACAUCACAAUUUUACAAAAUAAAAGUCUCCAUUUUCAA